AGCUACUUCAGACGCCGGUAGAACGUCGCGAAUUCUUCACCAUUACGGCUUCUCCGGACCUCUCCAUCGUUCAGUCAAGCACGCUGUGAAAACGACUAUUCCGCAUCUAUUUUCAAGUACAGCUAUCCAGUCUCCUCACACCAUCGCCGAAAGCACACCCGAAACCAUGGCGAAUCCCAUGCUCAUGUACCCUCUUCUAAUUGCUGCUCUGGUGGCCGUCGCCAUCUACGUCCAGGCUACCUCUAGCAACCUGUCUCUUCCCAUUUCCCUGGGCACGUCAAUCCUGACUAUACUCCUCCCGUUCAUCGCAACAGCAAAUGUGUUCUUCACCCCACUGCUUCAGCGCUUGUCUUUUCAAGAAGGUGCUGUGCUGAUUGCACUCCGGUUUCUGCCCCCUACGCUACACAUACUUCAAGGAAUCCUCACAGUCGUUCUUGCCACUAUCUCCUUCAUGAGUUUCUUGCCCGGCAUGAACAUGGACUGCAACAUGCGGGGGGCUUGGGGACAACUAUGGAGUGCGCAUGAUGGGAGGUCAAUUUCACGAAUCCAGGACUCUUUCAACUGCUGUGGAUUCAACUCAAUCCACCUCUUGCGCCACCCGUGGAGAGAAGCAAUGCAGCGCAAUGCGGGCCUGGACUUCACAGUUGCCGUAGUUGUUGGCAUUCUCCAAAUGAUACAUCUCGCAAUGUUCAGACUGAGAAACUCUCAGCCAGUGUCCAGAAAGACAUAUAAUCGGCUGGUCCAGAGCGUCGGUGCGCAACCCGACGAUGCACUACUUGAGGACGGCGAAGAGGACUCGAUCAACGACGCCGGUGAUCAUAAUAAUACUUCCCAUCAUCCUCGAGGCUACGGAGCUUUGAACAACACUUCGAACCCGCGACUGGAACCAUCUGGCCUUGGAGGAGAAAGGAACGAAUGGUCUUAGCUUUAUGGGGCUCCCCCUUCCCAUGCCGCUGGCAUGUCCACUUGGAGAACACGUCAUCUGGAUUCAUUUAGGAAUGAUCAAGGCUCUAAACAGGGCCUUCGCCAAAACUUGGUGGCACAGAAUGUUAAUCACAUUUUCUCUCCUGUCUUUUCAGUGCAAGUUUUCCCAAGGUUGCAUAUUGGCAGGUACUCAUGCAUUUCGAGAAUUUCUUCGAGCAAAGUCUGAGCUUCUGCAAUCUUCCGAAAUCAUGCUGCGCUUCCAUUGGAAGGUUCGAGC